CUCGCGGCCUUUGAAAUGGGCCCGUGCUGCCCCAGUAGUUGAGAUCUGCACGCACGGAAACGCCGUCGGGCAGCUACAUCAAGCAAUCUUUGGGGCUGCGCCACACGAGCACUCUUUGGGCAGCCCCAUCGGUCCAUAGGAUGACAGCCGUGCUGACCCCCGCCGGCAGCAGUGGUGCCGGAGCAGGCUGGACGCCGGGCCGGAGUCGGACAUCAUGGCCCACGGCCCGCAAGCAGGCCACCUCCGUCCUCAUGGCGCCGACGCCGGCCUGCGACCCGAAGACGGCGCGCGCGAAAGCCGAGGCCCAGGGCUACGGCCGCGGCGCCGCGCGCGCGUUCGCCGGCUUCCUGAACCCGCGGAACAGCCCCGACGCCGGCCGCCUCGACGGCGUCGAGGGGCCGCGCGGGGCCGUCCGCGAGCCCGUCGAGGCAACGAUUGCUCCGAUCGACGAGGCCGUGGCCCACGUGGCGGACGGCUCGCCGUCGAAGCUCGACGAACUGAGGCGGCGCGCGGAGCAGCGCGGCUACGGGCGCGGCGCCGCGCUGGCCUUCGCGGGCCUCCUGUCGCCCGCGUCCCCGGCGCUGCUCAAGACGCCGGGCGCGGAGAGGUCCUGGACCGCGCUCGACGAGGCCGCGCGGUCGCUCGCCGACGACGCGUUCGCGGCCGUUGUUGAACCGGCAGAGACGCCACCGGCGGUGCGCGAGGCGCCGUCACCGUCGCCGGAGGUGCGCUGGUACGACGACCGCGCCCCGUCGCCGGUACGCCAGGAGCGCCGCGACGCCGGCGCGACGGAGCGCUUCCGGCGCAAGGCCGCGAAGGCCAAGGAAAACGGCGAAGACGCCCAGCGCGAGGCCCGGCAGCGCGAAGGCGAGCUGAACCGUGAGCGCGCGCGCGUCUACGCCGCCGAGCAGCGCGUCAAGCAGCGCCUCGAGACCAUCCGGCGCCAGGAGCGCGCCGUCGAGGCGCACGAGGCGGCGCGGAGCGGCGCCGCGCGGCGCGCCUUCCGGGCGUGGCGGCGGGCCCUGGCGACGCCGUCUCCCGCAGCUGAGGCGAGCGGCGGCUACGGCGAGGGCGCGGCGCGCGCCUUCGCGGGCCUCCUCGACGCGCGGAAACGCGACGCUGCGGCGCCGGUCUCGAAGCGCUCGGAGCUUGCGGACGUGCGGCGCCGGCUCCGGGGCCGCGCGCCGCGUGACGACAGUUCCGUCGAGCCUGCGCGGCCACCACCGCCCGCCCGCGCCGCGCCAAUGGCGCGACCACCGCAGCCGCCACACGCGGCGCGCGUGCCGCCGCCACCCGCGGUCGCCGCGGCGCGCGUGCCCACGCCGCCCCUCCCGCCGCCGGCGCCGCCGCCGCCGCCCCGGCGGCCGACGCUCCUGACGCCCGAGGGCCCCGGCCUGCGCAAGGGGUCGUCGGGCAUCUUCGCCGAGGACCCCCUGGUCGGCCUGUCGCCCCCGGAGGCGCCUCCGCAGUACCCGCUCACGCAGAAGGUGGCGCAGGAGCUGAAGGCGAUCAUCUUCCCCGUGCCCGAGCACCUCCGCGCCGACCCCGCGCCGGCGCCGGCGCCCGCGGCCGCCCCGGCCGACAUGAGCGCCUACGACGACGACGACGACGACGCCGCCGCGGCGCCUACUCCUGAAGCGGCAGACAUGACAGCCUACGACGACGACGGGUCCGAGGCGCCGACGCUUACAAGGGACGACGGAGCCGCGGCCGACAUGGGCGCCUACGAGGACGACGGCUCCGAGGCGCCGGCGGCGGACCCGAGCGCUCCCGAGGACGACGGCGCCGCGGCGGCGGACCUGAGCCUCUACGCGGACGACGCCUCGGACGACGCCGACGACUGGCCCGUGCGUUCGUCCUCGCCCGCCGUCGAGCGGCCGGCGCCCGCGGGCGUCUCAGUGUCUCUGGAAGACGAGCCGUCGCCGCCGUUCGCCACGCCGCGCGAGCCGUACGAGCCCGCGGCGUUCUCCCGCGCCGCCGUGGACCUUUCGACGCCGCUCAAGCCGCCGAGCAUCUACGAGCGCGCGAGGGGCGCGGCCCGCGCGCCCGCGGUUGCCGAGACUUCACCGCGGCCGCCGCUCACCGGCAAGAGGGCGACGUUGUCGCCGGGAAAUGUGGACGAGCUCGACUUUAGGCCGGACAAGGCCGUGGCGGCCGCACCAGCUGCUGCACCGCCGGAAGCGAGCGAUGCCUUCGCGGUGCCGCCGACGCCCCACAACUCGCGCUCGGACCUGGCCGACGACGAGGCCACAGACCCCGGAGUGGGCUCGUACCCGACAGACGACGCGGUCGCCGCGGCCGCGGCCGCGCCGCAUGACGUGGAGCCCGCGCCGGUCGCAGAGGCCAUAGUAGGUGCGGCGCCGCCACCGACCAGGGCAACGGAACCUUCAGACCCGUCUGACCCGGUCGCCGCGGCGGAGGCCGACGCGACGGUCGACGAGGCGGCCGCGAAGCUCAGCCUCGGCGCCGUCGCGCGCCUCGGCACCGCCGCGGCGCGCGUGCGUCGCAUGCGCCGCCGCAAGCCCUCGGAGGCCAUGCGGCGCGUCCUGGCCGAGGUCGAGCGCGGGCACGCGCUCCGCAGCGCGCCGCCCGUCGCGGCCGCCGCGGCGCCGCCGCGGGCGCCGUCGCCGGCGGUCGCCGACGGGUGCCUGCGGUCGCGCCUCAGCCAGAGCGCCGUGGUCGACGCGAAGCUCAAGGCGGACCUCGUGCCCGGCGCGGCCGCGACGCUCGCCGCGAUCCGCGCCACGGACGAACCGACGGCGCGCCGGGCGGCGGCCGCCGUCGCGAGCGCCGUCCGGCGCGCGAGCGACCCCCAGCGCCAGGCGUUGCUCCGCGACCUCGGGAGCCGACCGACGUCGCCGUCCGCCGCGGCCACGAUGCUCGCUGGUAGGGCGGCGUCGCCAUCCGCGGAACUGGUCUUCGAGGGCACGGGCGGCGUCGUCGCGCCGCAGAAGUACGUGGAGACGAAGGCGGCCCUCGUGCCGCCGCCGCCGCGGGAGACGCCCCCGGCGGCGCCCACGAAGCUGAGCCCGGAAGUCGAGGAGCGGCGGACGUCCCUGAAGCCCGUCGACGGCGUGCCACUAUCGACAAUCUCGCCGCGCAAGAAGCGGCGCAGCGUCGGCGGCCCGGACUCGGCCUUCUUUACGCCCUCGCCGUCGGCGCCGCACGAGUUCCAGUCGCGCCGCGCGUCGCUCAAGCGCGUGGCCCGCGACGAGGCGCCGGCCCCCCGGGCGAUCCUGCGCGAGGCGAUCGGGGACGGGGCGGCGCCGGCCGAGUUGCAGCCGGAGUUCCUGGCGCGGCGCGCGUCGCUCAAGCGCGUGGUUCGUGAAGAUGCGCCGGUUUCUGCGCCAGAGACGUCUCCGAUCCCGCGCCGGGCGAUCGGAAAAGGGACGGCGCCGCCGCCGACGCGUCCCACCGCGCCCAGCCUCGACGAGAUGGAGGCCGAAGUGGCGCGUGAGCGCGGCGAGGCCCGGCUCCGAGAGGCUGUGGCCGCCGCCAAGGCCGAGCGCGCCGCGGCUGAGCGCGUCGCCGCGGAAGAGGCGGAACGAGCUCGGUUAGAAGCUGAACGCAUCGAGGCGGAACGCGUCGCGGCUGAGCGGAUUCUGGCCGAGAAGGCCGAGGCCGAGCGGUUGGUGGCGGAGCGCAUUGCCGCUGAACGAGCGGAGGCCGAGCGGUUGGCUGCGGAGAAAGCCGAGCUCGCUCGGGUAGAGGCCGAACGCGUCGAGGCCGAACGCGUCGAGGCUGAACGAAUCGAGGCUGAACGAUUAGCGGCGGAGCAGGCCGCCGCGGCGCGAGCGCAGGCGGAGGCGUUAGCCGCGGAGGAGGCGGCGCGGCGCGCCCAGGAGGCCGAGCGCGAGGAGGCGGCCGCGAACCUAAGGUCGGCGGCGCUCGCGCGCGCCAUUUCCGAGGAGUUGGAAGCCAAGAGCCGAGAGGAAGCGAGGCGCAAGGAGGAGCAGCUGGGCUGGGAGCGGGCCGCGCGCGAGGCGACGGAGCUGGACGCGUGGCUGUCGCCGCCGACGAGCCGGCAACCGUCGACGGUACCCGAGCCGCGGCCGUCGACGCCCGAGCCGACGGUCCCCGCGAAUCCUGCACUCUUCUCGCCGCGGCCGAUGAGCCCCGACGAGUACGAGUUCGUCAUCGUCGAGGAGCGGACCGACAGCGAGGGCAGCGGCUCCGACGAGGAGUUCGAGGAGUUCUACGAGGAGGUGUCCUCUUCCCCCAGCCCUGAUGGCAAGGUCGCCGCGCCCUCGCCGCGCCGACCGCCGGUUGAUUCAGGCGUGUCGCCGCCCGCCAGCGCCGACGGCAAGGCCGCGGCGCCACCCGCAGCGGCGGCACCGGCCCCAGCGUCGACGUCGCCGCGGCGCCCACCGCCGGCUCCUUCAGGCGUUGAAGAGGAGAAGGGCGACGAGGCCACCGUCCGCGUGGUUUCGUCGGACGUGGCGUGGUCGCCGCCGCGGCCGCGACGGGGGCGCGCGUCCGAGGCGUCCGAGUACUCGCCCGCGGUCGAGCUGGACCUCGACCGGCUCGCGGAGAGCGACCUGACGGAACCGCGGCUCCCGGUCGCGGCACCGACGCUGACGCCCGCGACAGCCGCGGCACCGACGCCGCCGCGGCGACGAGAUCCCCUCGGCGCCCGGCGAAGCUCGUCGUCGUCGAAGCCAGCGGAAACGCCGACGCCGCCGCGGAGACGGGAUCCCCUCGGUCGCGCCCGCCGCGAAGAAGGACCAUCGAGCGCCUCGGGGCCGCCGGCGCACCUCGGUCCCGCCGUGCAGUCCAUGCGCGCCGGUUCUCGCGGCCCCCCGGACUACGAGAGCAGCCGUGCGCGGCGACGUUCGCCGCGGUAG